AUGGUCUACCAUAAUUUGAAAGCUCUCAUCAAGGGCAUCCGAGCAUGUAAGACCGUAGCCGACGAGCGUGCUCUCAUCCAGCAAGAGUCUGCUGCCAUCCGCGCGUCGUUCAGGGAAGAAGAUUCGUACGCGAGACACAACAAUGUCGCCAAACUGCUCUACAUACACAUGCUAGGCUCUCCCGCGCACUUUGGCCAGAUCGAGUGCCUCAAGCUCGUCGCAAGCCCGAGAUUCAGCGACAAGCGGUUGGGAUAUUUGGGUAUCAUGUUGCUGCUGGAUGAGAGCCAGGAGGUGCUGACGUUGGUCACGAACUCCCUGAAAAAUGAUAUGAAUCAUUCCAACAUGUACGCGGUCGGCCUGGCUUUGUGCACCUUCGCAAACAUCGCUUCUGAAGAGAUGUCACGAGAUCUUGCAAAUGAGAUUGAGAAACUUCUUGGCUCCAGCAACACCUACAUCCGGAAGAAGGCCGCGCUCUGCGCUCUACGAGUGAUCAAGAAGGUGCCAGACCUCACUGAUCACUUCAUCACAAAAGCCAAAAACCUGCUAGCUGACCGAAACCAUGGUGUCCUGCUCACUGCCAUCACUCUCGUCGUCGAAAUGGUUCAAGCAGAUCCGAGCUGUUUAGAUGAAUUCAGAAAUGCUGUUCCGCUUCUUGUACGGCAUCUCAAGUCGCUAGUCACUACGGGAUACAGCCCAGAGCACGAUGUUUCGGGCAUCACAGAUCCUUUUCUUCAAGUCAAAAUCCUUCGUCUGCUUCGAUUACUGGGAAGAGGUGACGUGCAAGCGAGUGAGGCGAUGAACGACAUCUUGGCUCAGGUAGCAACAAAUACUGACUCCACGAAGAACGUCGGCAACUCCAUUCUGUACGAGACGGUUCUCACUGUGCUUGAGAUCGAAGCAGAUAGUGGACUGCGUGUCAUGGCCAUCAACAUCCUCGGAAAGUUCUUGAGCAACCGAGACAACAACAUUAGAUAUGUUGCGCUCAAUACCCUCAAUAAGGUGGUGUCAAUGGACACUAAUGCUGUUCAACGGCAUCGUAACACAAUCCUCGAUUGUUUACGAGACGGUGACAUCUCGAUUCGGCGACGGGCUCUCGAGCUGUCCUAUGCACUUAUCAACGAGCAGAACGUUCGGAUCCUCACACGGGAACUAUUGGCAUUCUUGGAGGUCGCGGAUAACGAGUUCAAGUUAGGAAUGACAACACAGAUCAGUUUGGCCGCGGAACGGUUCGCGCCAAACAAGAGGUGGCACAUCGAUACAGUACUGCGCGUGUUAAAACUAGCAGGAAAUUAUGUCCGAGAGGAGAUCCUGUCCGCAUUUAUUCGGCUCGUGGCGCAUACGCCCGAACUGCAAGCGUAUACUGCGUCAAAACUUUAUUCCGCUCUCCGUUCUGAUAUCUCGCAAGAGUCUCUUUCAUUGGCCGCCACCUGGAUCAUUGGUGAAUACAGCGAUGUCCUCAUAGAGACCGGUCUCAUCGAUGACGAGAAACCGAAAGCGGUCACCGACGUAGAGAUCAUAGACCUCAUUGUCUCUAUUCUUGAUUCGCCCUACGCAAACUACCUUACACGCCAGUUCGUCUUUGCAUCGAUCACGAAGAUCUCGGCGCGGCCGACCACCAGCACCACACAGCAGGACCGAAUUGCGUCGAUCCUCGCUGCGUAUACGACGAAUCCCGAGCUCGAAUUACAGCAAAGAGCAGUUGAGUUUGCUAGCUUGUUCACUCUAGGUGACGUCCGGGUAGGCGUUCUUGAGAGAAUGCCCGCGCCAGAGUUGAAGGCGACUGUUUCAGGUGUUGUCAGCGAGAACAAGCCCGUCGGGUCAACGCAGACAGGUAAAGAUGUUGACCUGAUCGGUGAUGAAAUUCCCUCUGGUGCAACGACAGGGACGAGCAAGACGCCAGCCAUCGCCCAGAGCGACCAUGACUUGUUGAUGGACAUCUUUGGUGGAUCAUCUGACACCACGCCUGCACAACCGUCCGCGCCAACAGUGUCACAGAAAAGUACUGUUGAUGACAUUUUGGGUCUCUUCGGCUCGACAUCCUCGACACCCACUCCCGCUCCUGCACUAACACCGCCUGCCGCCAGCCUCUUUGCUUCAUCGCCAUCGCCCGCUCCACCGCCUCAACCUACGGCACCGAAGCUGCAAUCGUAUAUUGCGUACGACAAGAACGAGCUCCAUGUGACACUCACACCACAAACCUCGCCCCAACGACCAGGUGUCGUAAACGUGCUGGCACGCUUCCAAGUGAAGGGAGCGAAUAUGGCCACGGGGCUCAAUUUCCAAGUCGCUGUACCAAGAACACAGCAACUUCAGAUGUUACCGAUGUCGCAACCAGACAUCAAACCUGGUACAACAGAAACACAGCAAAUGAGGAUCACGGCGCCUCCUGGGAGCGCUGUCCGAUUGCGCAUACGGAUAUCGUACACUCUAGCUGGUCAUGCGGUCCAAGACCAAGUGGACUUUUCAGGAUUCCCACCAUCACUCACAGGAGGCGGUUCGUAGUGGCUACGCUGUUCAGUCUCUGGCACAUAUUAUCAGAUAUCCGUGGACGUAAUGUACUGGCGUGCACUCGUACAUCUGUUGUGAACUGAGAGUUGGUGGACAUC